CGCAGACCCGCGCGGCGGGGACUGGCUGCCCCAGAACCGCCGCCUCGGCUCCGCCGUGACGGCCGCAUGGCGGGCUACGUGCCGCGCCUGCCGUGGCUGCUGCCGCUGCUGAAGCGGGCAGCGCCGCCGGCUCCCUGGACUCGGGCUGCCAGCGCGCCCGCAAGCCUACGCGCCUCGCCGCACUUGGCCAGCAGGUGCGGGGCACCCCUGGCGCCGCCGCUGCUGCUGUUGCCGCUGCCGGGCGCGCCGUCAUGCCGCCGCCGCCUCCUUCUCCUCCCGCCCGCAGCAGCGGCCGGCGCCCCACGCUGCCUGAGCGCCGCCGCGGGCGAGGAGCCGCCCGCAACUCCGCGGGGGACUGCGAGCAACCCGCCGCGCUUCGAGGCGCGGAGGCUGCUGGCCCUGGCGCACCCUGAGCGCUGGAGACUGACAGCUGCUGUUGGCUUUCUGACAGUUUCAAGUGUCAUAACCAUGUCAGCCCCUUUCUUUCUGGGGAAAGUUAUUGAUGUUAUUUAUACAAAUCCCAAUGAAGACUUCACUGACAGCCUGACCAGCCUGUGUGCCUUGCUGAGUGGAAUCUUUUUGUGUGGUGCUGCUGCUAAUGCUACUCGUGUCUACCUCAUGCAGACUGCAGGACAAAGAAUUGUGAAACGUUUGAGAGCAACCAUGUUCUCCUCUAUUUUGAAGCAAGAAACCGCCUUCUUUGACAAGACCAGAACAGGAGAGCUGAUAAAUCGCUUAUCGUCAGAUACAGCCCUCCUGGGCCGUUCAGUAACUGAAAACCUUUCAGAUGGCCUCAGGGCGGGAGCACAAGCAUCUGUGGGGGUUGGAAUGAUGUUUUUUGUGUCUCCAAGCCUUGCUGCAUUUGUUCUGAGUAUUGUGCCACCCUUGGCUGUCUUGGCUGUGAUUUAUGGAAGAUACUUGCGAAAACUUACUAAAAUGACCCAAGAUUCUCUUGCAGAAGCAACACAGUUAGCUGAAGAGCGUAUUGGAAACAUAAGAACAGUUCGAGCUUUUGGGCAAGAAGUUGCUGAAAUGGUGAAGUACACAAAUAAAGUUGAUGAUGUGCUACAGCUGGCUAAAAGAGAGGCAAUAGCUCGAGCAGGCUUCUUUGGAGCAACUGGUCUUUCUGGAAACUUAAUUGUCCUCUCAGUCUUAUACAAAGGAGGAUUACUAAUGGGCAGUGCCUACAUGACAGUUGGUGAACUCUCAUCUUUCCUAAUGUAUGCUUUCUGGGUUGGAAUAAGCAUUGGAGGUCUGAGUUCCUUUUAUUCUGAGCUAAUGAAGGGACUAGGUGCUGGUGGACGUCUAUGGGAACUUAUUGAAAGGAAGCCCCAGCUUCCAUUUAAUGAGGGAAUCGAGCUGGGCAAAGACACAUUCAGAGGUGCUUUGGAGUUCAGGGAUGUUGAGUUUGCAUAUCCAACACGUCCAGAAGCAUCCAUUUUCAAAAAUUUUAGCCUUUCCAUUCCAGCUGGCUCUGUUAUGGCUCUGGUUGGCUCAAGUGGUACAGGGAAAUCCACUAUUGUAUCCCUGCUGCUGAGGCUGUAUGAUCCUAUCUCAGGUAUUAUCACUGUUGAUGGCUUUGACAUCCGCCAGUUAAAUCCACUGUGGUUCAGGACAAAGAUUGGAACAGUGAGUCAGGAACCAAUUCUGUUCUCCUGCUCUAUUGCUGAAAAUAUUGCCUAUGGUGCAGAAGAUCCUUCUACUGUGACUGCAGAGGAGAUUGAGAAGGUUGCUGAAGUAGCUAAUGCUGCUAGUUUCAUCAGAGAUUUUCCAAAAGGAUUUGACACCGUCGUUGGAGAAAAAGGCAUUUUGCUUUCAGGUGGACAGAAGCAGCGAAUUGCAAUUGCUCGAGCUCUGCUCAAGAAUCCUAAAAUUCUCCUGUUAGAUGAAGCAACAAGUGCUUUAGAUGCUGAAAACGAGUAUCUAGUGCAAGAAGCUCUGGACCGACUGAUGGAAGGGAGGACAGUCCUAAUCAUUGCUCAUCGCCUCUCUACUAUUCAGAAUGCUGAUUUUGUGGCAGUCCUUGGCCAGGGUAAAAUUCUUGAAUGUGGAAAACAUGAGGAACUGCUUGCAAAUCCAAAUGGACUUUUCAGGAAACUAAUGCAGAAACAAGCUUUCCUUCAGAAUAGUGACAAUUUCUCAUUAGAUUUACAAUCUAGAGAAAAGGAGGUAUUAAAAGAAAAUGUAUGAGAGAAUAUAUGAGUCGUGGAAGCUUACAAACUACAAAGAAUCUAACUUAUGUUUUCAAUUAUGUAAAGUAAAUGUUAUAUUUUUCCAGAAUGUACAAAAUAUUCUUUUGAAACCUAAACGUGUUUAAACUUUUUACUGAAAGCUUUUUAAUAAUUAUUGCAGCUUUUUAAAGUGUCUCUCACAUGGAGAUAAACUCAGUGUAUAGUUUUUUCUGCUUCGUGUUACCUUAAUGGAGACUGUUUGCUGUAAUGCACUGGGUGAUGGCAUGCUCUAUUCUCAAGUAAAUUCACUAUUUUAAGAGUAAUUAAAUGACAUAGCUUAUCGUUGUCUCUCUUCAAGGAACUUUUACUUUCAGUGUUUGUCAGCAGUCUUGAAAUGCUGGAAUUAAAAAAUGUGGGAGGCUUAUGUCCUCCACUGCA